GUCAUACCCGAACACCCGCAUUCAUCCUUGAACSGAUUUUAUCCGGGGAAUUCACAGAACCUCUACGGUAUAUGAUUUCUUCACAGAUGUCAUAGGCCUUCAAACCUCAGAAAAUGUCAAAAGUUGGGGUAACAUUGUUGGUCUUAGUUGUCUGUGUGGCGUAUACUUUUUCAAGUGAAUUAGACGACGAUUAUGUAUCCAUUAACAAACGGGCGGAAUCACCACUCGAAGAAAUCCAUCUUUUAGACAAAAAGAGCACAAUAGCUCGAGCAAAGCCAAAGAAAGAUGACGACGAAAAGGAAAAUGAUGACGGCUCUUCUUCUCCAUCUGGUGUCAAAGAUAUUGAAACUGAGAAAGACGCUACGGGUGAGAGUAUCGACGCACCUAAAAGUGCUCCAYCUCRCAAAGAAGCAGACRGGAAGAAAAAGGAAGAGCAAAAAUUAAAGGACAAAAAGUGUAAGCUGGCUCAAUAUAUUCWAAUGAUUAUUACUGUUCUAAUCAUUUUUAUUAUCAUUAUUAGAUGUUUUCAAGUAGUUAGGGUAAGGGUGAAUUUCAAUGGUCCUCUGCACUAAUGYGUCGAUAAAUGU